GCGAGAAGCACUUGCCAAAGGGGGAUGGCUCUGAGACGCAGAACGAUUUGUACGAUGCUGGCAUCUACAGCAACAUCAAAUCUGCACUCGGUGAUCAGGCGCUGCUGUGGCUCCUGCCCAUCAGCGGGCCGUCGGGCGAUGGUGGGGGGCCUCAGAAUCUCCACCAGCCCCCAGUAGACGAAGGCGAAAACCCGAAUGCCAAAAAGUGGCGGCUCAAGCAAGAUUCUUCCUUUGCAGCCCCAGCUGCUGGGAGAAUGAUCGAGUUGUAUUUCUUCACAGACCGGGCAACCACGAAAGGCGUGGUACUUUUGCCCGCGCUCUGCCACGAUGUGGCUCUUUUCUCCAUAGCUUUACAGCUCUUGCUCCUUGUGCUGAUCCUGUGCUAUGUUUUCUUCAAGGCUCUGUCCGAGCGCCUAGCCAACCUCUCACGCGCAAGACGCGCUGCUGCAGAGGAGGCCGCAGAUGAGCCGGCCCCAAAGUUCAGGAUUGAGCUGCAGCCGCCGUGCAAAAGCCUACGGUUUGCAUUGAAAUGGGAUCCUGACAUGAGGAACAUGAUUAACAGCCUCAAAGAGGAGGGUGAGGAAGCCCUCGCUCCAUUCUUCGAAAGUGAGGUCUUCGUCUGGAAGCUGCGGAAGUACGUUCGCAACAUGACCUCAAGGGCUGAUCGAUUGAACCUCAAGAGAGAUGUGCUCCGGCGUCGGCAACAGCAGGAGCUCAAUGAAAGAACUGCCCAAAAGACGGCUGAGCAGGAGAUGCAAGACCGGCAAGCUUUGGUGGAGCUAUUCGGUCAAGUGGACCAACCAGCGGCUGCUGCUCAGGCACCAGUGGUACAAGAGCAGGCGCCUCUGGUGGAACCUUCGGAGAAGCCAGCGGCUUCUAUUGGGGUGCCAAUUGUGGAAGAAGACGAUGCGCCGGACCCAUUUCUCAAGAUGCUCAUGGCGACUUCGCAAAGAAAGCCAACAGACCCCCAGAUGUCGCCAGAAGAUGCUGCUGCCCUGGCCUCCAUGAUGGCAGAGGGGCCUACAAGAAGCUUGACCGAAGCACGGCAUGCAGAGCAAUCCAUCAAUGGAGAAGUGCCGGCCUUUGGGCAGGUGCACAUUGAAGCUUCCCAAAGGAAGCCCAUCGACCCUCAAAUGUCCCCCGAGGAUGUUGCAGCGAUGGCAUCGAUGAUGGCGGAGCAGCCUCCAAGCGGCGCAAUCGAAGAACCUCAAUCUGAGGAAUCCGUGGCUGGAGAGUCACCGGAUGCCUUUAUGACAAUGCUCAUGGAGACCUCGCGAAAGAAGCUGGCGGACACGCAGAUGUCACCAGAGGAUGCUGCAGCAAUGGCAGCCAUGAUGUCGGCAGAACAGCCCUUGAAAGCAGAGGCACCGGAUGUCCAACUAAGCCUCAAUGAGAAGUCGGAGAAGGAGCCGAUUGAUGCUCAGUUGUCACAGGAGGAUGCUGCCGCCCUGGCCUGUCUGAUGGCAGAGAAGCCUACGAGCAACUCUACCGAAACUCCGCAGCCAGAAGUGCCCUCGGCAGAAGAGUCCGCAUGCGACACAGAUGGCUGGGACGGUGAGGACUUCUGGGCCCUUAUCGAUCCCACCCUGCCACCGGAAGAGGCAGCAGUCCAGCUGUUUGCAGCCAUGGGAAUCCCGCAAGACCUUGCAUUUGUCACAAGUGUGCCUGUCCUGCCCACCACCAUCAAAAGCGAGGAUCCCUUCAAGGGCUUUUGGGACAGUGUGGAUGACAACAUGUCGCCAGAACUGGUGGCAGCUAAGCUACUGAGCACAGCCCAAUUCAUACAGGCCUACUGA